AUGUACACACGCUCUGAAGACACAGCCGGAGGUGUUGAGAAGAUGAGCAACCACUCAGUGGAUGACGAGUCUCGUUUCACAGAGAUCUGCACGAUCUUGUCGGUUUUCUGUGCGUUGUCGACCAUCGCUGUCACGCUUCGUUCUUAUACGCGACUGGUCCUUCUUCACACCUUUGGCUGGGAUGAUGGAGUUAUGGUGGGUGCCCAGAUCCUGGCCAUCGCCGCCGCCGUGACUAUUGGCCUAGAGAGCAAAUGGGGUCUCGGAUCACACACUUGGGUUCAGCCUGAAGCACACCUUUUCCCAUACAUGAAGGCCUUUUACAGCUCCAUUAUAGUGUACAACAUGUCCAUGUGUCUCGUCAAAAUUUCUAUCCUACUCCAAUACCGGCGAAUUUUUGCUCUCCGGAUGAUGCAACGCAUUACCUUCUACGCUGUCGCGUUUAUGGUUGCUUGGUCAAUCACAAUCUUCUUCCUCCUGACACUCGUCUGCAUCCCAGUCGCCAAGUUCUGGGACCACGCUUUGCCGGGUAGAUGCCUGGACUCGUUGACCAUUUGGUAUGUCAUGGCCGCUUUCAACCUGGUCUCCGAUUUCGCCAUUUUCGGCCUGCCGCUGCCGGUAGUUCGGUCCCUUCAGUUACCCAAGAAGCAAAAGGUGAUGCUAUUCGCGGUCUUUGGCCUCGGGUUCUUCACCUGCAUCAUCUCCAUUAUUCGCAUCCGCACUCUCAAGAUCGCGGCUUCGACAGAUGACCCUAACUGGGACAAUGUGGAUGCGGCAACCUGGUCAUAUCUUGAAGUCACAACUGCCAUCCUCGCGGCUUGUUUACCGACGCUAAGACCAGUCUUCGCCAAGAUCAUGCCCAGUCUGAUGGGCUCCUCCAUAAGAGGAAACCAAGGUCGAUCUCAGUGCGGUGCAUAUAUUCAUGCUCCAGACGGCAGCACGAACACGAUUCCGAACAAGACAAGAGUCACAUCCGUCACUGUCCCUGCGUCAGACAGCACUUGGUCUCUCCAAGGCCAAGAUAGAAUCGAGCUGGUCACGCAGGACGCUGGAAGGGUGUCCGUGGCCGGUGAUUACAAAGUCACUGUCAGCGGUGGGGUGAAGAGCCAUCACAACCCCUACUGGGCAGCGCUGAAUCGUUCGUCUAAGGAAGGCGAGAAGUCGACGGCGGGCAAGGGAGGCAUUCAGGCAACUACUCUAGUCACACAACAGGUCACGGUCGAGUCGAAGCAAGGGUCAGGAGAGCGGAGCCCGACAAGUGAAGAGGGCUCGAAUGUGCACAGAUCACACCAAACGUAA